AGGGAGUUUGUGUUGAUUUCCGUAAAAUCGUGAUUUACGAAGAUUUUCUACACUAAGCGAAGGCCUUACAGUUUUUUUGUAUUUCGUUGAGUCGGUCGUUAAUGUUGGUUUCCAAGAAAGGUUGGACAUUGUGUUACAAAGGACAUUGUGUUAUCACGACAGGUAAAAGCCAUCAUUUCGGAUGAAUAAGAAGUUCGUAGUAACCCGAUCCAUUAGAAACCUGUCUGCAGAUCGUUUUAACUGCUGAAAAUAAUUCAUAAGUGCUGCGACAAUCAGCCAAUCAUUUAUUAUUUUUAAUCUCCGUCCGAAUACAACGCUACGAAAAGAACAGCCGAUCUUAAUGAUUUUUUGGACGAGUUCUGGUCCUCUACAGCAAGUGCCAAAGCAGUUAAGCACAGUGCCGAUCUCGGCAGCAGCAGUAUAUGAUGCCCUGCCCUGGGUUAAAAGUCUCACACGUAGUGUUUGUGAUUGUAAUUUUAAUAACGAUUGUCUUCUAUUCAUCGCUAAAUGGACGGCACUUCAUCCUGGAGCCGAAACGAUACUCAAACCACCGAAAAAACGAUCCGAACCUCAUGAAUCGCACAGUUCCCCGAUCGUCCGAAAAUGCAUUGCUGAUAGAACCGGUCUACGAAAAACAAAAGUGCAACGUAUUUCAGAUAGUUGUACAGGGCUGUGGGCUCAAUAUAUUGAGCAAAACACUGGAACGCGUGCCCCCCUACAGAAACAGGACACAACUUCUUGCCCAGCAGCAGUUAUUAACGGAACAAGAUACGGCAGCCGAAAACACCGAUAACAACAUACAGCGAAUUCCAAACCCGUCGGUGGUUAAGUCGUCCCAAGGGUCGUCUGUGUCGUCAUCAUCUUCAUCAUCAUCACCGCCUGCAUCUCGACCGGCCGCCGCCGCCGCCGCCGUCGCUGUUGCCGUCGAUACUGAUGGCGAUAUGGUCAUCAAAACUCGAGAUAUGUACCGCUCCGGACACCUACCGGAUGUCGCUUGCGUACGAAAUCUGUGUCCAAACAAUGGUACCGAUGUGUCGUUACUAAUUCUUGUUACGUCCGCACCGACCCACCGCGAUCAGCGACUUGCCAUACGGCAGUCCUGGGGUCACUAUGGUAGCCGCCGUGAUAUCUCGAUCGGGUUUAUCGUCGGCCAAACAGACGAUUCGCGAAUGGAGGAUCAGCUAGCGGCCGAGAGCUAUAUGUAUAGUGAUCUGAUUCGCGGCAACUUCAUCGACAGCUAUAAGAAUCUCACGUUAAAAACCAUUUCGCUUCUUGAGUGGACAAAGCUUCACUGCUCUAACGCAUCAUUCCUACUUAAAACGGACGAUGACAUGUUCAUUAACGUACCGAAGCUACUACAAUUCAUGGAAGUGCACAACAAUCAACGGCGAACAAUUUUCGGACGGUUGGCAAAAAAAUGGAAACCGAUCCGAAACAAAAAGUCAAAAUAUUAUGUCAGCCCGGAACAAUACUAUCCACCGGUGUUUCCACCUUUUACAACAGGACCCGCUUAUUUACUCACUGCCGACAUAAUCGGUGAGGUGUUCGAGAAAUCGCUAAGCCAAACAUAUUUGAAGCUAGAGGACGUCUACACGACAGGCAUCGUGGCACAAUUGUUAAAUAUACAUCGGACCAACGUGAAGGAAUUCCUCAAUCGGCGGAUAGCAUUUAAUCAGUGCAACAUCAAAAAAGCUAUCAGCAUUCACAUGGUGAAAAACAGUGAACAGAUAGAUCUGUGGAAGAAACUUAUCGACGUCAGCGUUGCGUGCUCAUAGCCGGUUUAACUGAUAAUAAAUUUGCUUUCGUUACUUUUCGUCUAUUAUUUGUCGUUUAGAAACAGAUUGAUUUUCCAAACACACAGAAAAUAAAGCAUGCCUUUUAAAUGAGAAUUGAGCAUUCCACGGCUUAAUGUGAUGCAAUAUGCAAGCAUAUUACAAAUUGUAAAACUGUAUAGAAUCUAUCUUACGAAUCAAUCAUAAUGUUAGGAGUUUGCGUUAGACGGUUUAUGGUGGUCCUAGGUACGCCUAGAUUUUAAAUUAACGAAAACAAUAUCUAUACAUAU